UUCCGGAACAUCAUUUUAUGAACUCGGUUAUCUUAUUGUAGGAAGUGACAAGAUGGCGAAUGUUUAUGUAUAGUAGAAGUGUAGAGUUUCGAAGAAACACCAGCGCAGAUUUGGACAAGUUAAAUAUUCUUUAACAGCAUGGACGAUAUCACGGGCAGUUUGAUUAUAUGGUUGAAAACAUUUAAAGUGAAAGCUCCCCAUGAAACAGUUGAAGAACUUUCAAAUGGCGUGGCCAUGGCAGAAGUCUUAGCUCAGAUUGCACCUGACUAUUUUCAUCCUGCUUGGAUAUCCAAAAUAAAAACAGAUACAGGAAACAAUUGGAGAUUAAAGGUCAGCAAUUUGAAGAAAAUUUUGAAAGGUGUACUGGAUUAUUAUAGUGAGGUGUUGGGUCAACAAAUAACAGGCUUCCGCAUGCCAGAUGUAAAUGCUGUUGCAGAAUUAAGUGACCCUAAGGAUUUGGGACGUUUAUUACAAUUAAUUCUAGGUUGUGCAGUUAAUUGCGAUAAAAAACAAGAAUAUAUUGAAACUAUAAUGGGAUUGGAAGAAAGUGUUCAGCAUGUUGUAAUGAAUGCUAUUCAGGAGUUAAUGACUAAAGAAAUUCCUAGUACUUACUCAGCUGAAUCUAUUGCUGAUCUCAAUGAACAUUUAAAACGAGUAUUAGAAGAGUUACAGAUAGCCACAGAAGCUAAACAGCAAAUUACUCAGAGAUGUCAUGAGUUAGACAUGCAGGUUGCUAUAUUGCAAGAAGAAAAGGCUAGUUUACUUGCAGAAAAUGACAAAUUAUUAGAAAGAUUAAACCAUAUUGAAAGUUUAGAAGACCCAAGCACUUUAACAGGAAAAAGAUUUCAACAGAUGCAACAUAAAUUAGAAGUGAUGCAAGAUGAAUUAUAUAAGUUAGAAACAGCAAGAGAUGAAUAUAAAAUGAAAUCAGAAUUACAAGAGAAAGAAAUUCUUGAACUUAGUCAAAAGAAUGAUGAUUUGCAGAAACUAGCUGAAGAAGCUCGAAUUUUGAAAGAUGAAUUAGAUGUACUAAGGCAUACAUCUGAUAAAGUUGAAAAAUAUGAAACAACAAUUGAGUCUUUCAAGAAAAAAUUAGAGGAUUUAAGUGAUCUUAAACGUCAGGUAAAACUUCUGGAAGACAAAAAUACAUCUUAUGUACAACAGAACAUGGAAUUAGAAGAGGAGGUCAAAAGAGCUGGAAUGCUGAAAUCUCAGAUUGACAUGUACAAAAAACAACUUCAAGAACUCCAUUCAAAAUUUUCUGAAGAAAGUAGGAAAGCUGAUAAAGCAGAUUUUGAAAAUAAGAGACUUUCAGAAAAACUUGUAUCUAUACAACAAGAAAAGGAUAGAUUGAUUGCUGAGAGGGAUUCAUUGAAAGAAACAAUCGAAGAUCUUCGAUGCACACAAUUUAAAAAUGAAAGUGAAAUGCAUGGUGAUAAAAAUGGAAAACCAUCUAGUUUAUUAUCAGAAGCAGAACUUUUAGAAUCUGUUCCUCCAGAAAUUAAAGAAAAAUUAAUUCGUCUUCAACAUGAAAAUAAAAUUUUAAAACUUAAAUUGGAUAGCAAUGAUGAUCAGCAAGUUGCAGUUUUACAAAGUAUGUUGGAUGACUCAAGACUGAGGCAAAGUGAAUUGGAAACAGAAAACAGAUUAGCAAAUCAGAAGAUUUUAGAAUAUCAGAGUCAAAUUCAAGAUUUACAAGAAUCUCAUUCAGCUGUUAGUAGCCAAGAAGGGACGGAACUACGACACAAAUUGAAUAAUACAAUUAGAAAAUUGAAAGAAACAGAAAUGGAAUUACAAAAGAAAAAUAUCACUAUUGAAACAUUACAAAAUCAAAUUGAUAGUGCAGUUCAAAAAACUCAUCAGCUUCAAGAAUCUCUCAAUAAAAAAGAGGAAGAAAUGAGAGCAAUGGAAGAACGUUACAGAAAAUACUUGGAAAAAGCCAAAAAUGUAAUUAAGACUUUGGAUCCAAAAAAAAAUACAACUAGUGGUUCCGAAGUGAUUGCAUUAAAGAAUCAAUUGUUAGAAAAAGAGAAAGUUAUAGCAAAUCUAGAGAAAGAAGCAGAAAUGGCAAGAACAAUGAGAGAAAUGGAGGAAAGAUUAAUAACCACUGCAUUCUAUAAUUUGGGAGCUAACAAACAAAGAAAAGCAGCUGAAGAGCGACUAAUGCAAAAUACAUCAAGUCAGACCUUCUUAUCAAGACAAAGGCAAGCUACCUCUAGACGAUUAAAUUUACCUGGUGUUGCCACUAGUGAAUUCUUGGACUACUAACUUGCAUGCUGACAUCAGCAGUCAUUUUAUGUGAAGUGUUUAAAUGCCUGUGCAUGCCAUUAAAUUCUUCCUAAUCAUUCUUUGGUUGUCAGUAAAUAUUUUGUUGUAUGUCUGUUUAUAAAUUAUUUUUCAUUUGUUCCAAAAAUUAUAGAAUAUAAUUUAAGCAAAAUUAACAAAUUUGCUCAUGCUUAAUUUUUUUUCCUUUUUUCCAUAUUUAAAUGUGUCAUGCAAGUGCAAGUCCUAGUAAACAUAUCAUAGUCCCUAGUUUUUGUUAUAGGAUAGCACAUGUGCAUGGAUGAUAAUUUUUAGCAUUUAAUUACAUUUUUGUACAUACAUUGAUAGCAAACUUGUGUUAUGAGGUUGACAAAAUGCAAAAUUUGCAGUUCUUACCGGGAUUUUUAAUUUAUAUACAUGAUAUGUAAUGUAUAUGGCGGCAGUGUGUGCUGACUAAGGACACAAAUGGGACCAAAUAAAAACUAUGUGAUUUGUUUUUUAUAUGUUAAAAAUAAAAGGUGACUGUGCAGUAUAUAUUUGAUACUAAUGGAGUAUGUAGAUAAAAAUUUUAAAUUUAUUUUACCUACAAUCUGUAUCUACAGUUUAAAUAUUAAGUAAAAAAGUUUUUCAUGAUGAUGGUAACAAAAUUUUUUCUUUGUCGAAUUAGAAUCUGGAACCGUUAUCGAUGAAUUUUCCGCAGUCUUCCUUUGAAGAAGCUGUAAAUAGUUUAAGGGGGAGUACAGAAUAUUUUGUAUACUAAUUGUGGGUAUACGCCAUUUUUUCUGCUUAUAAUGCUUGUAAAAUAUGUUUAUGCCCUGUAUGUAUAUACAGCAUAUUUUAUUUCUGUGGUGUAUACUUUGUUUAUAAAUCACUGUAACAAAGUCUCAAUAAAAUGAAGCAUAGGUUACUUUUUA